AUGAAGAUUACCCAGAUCGAAGCAAUACCGGUCAAAGUUCCGUAUCACGAGGGCAUCGGCGAAAUGAUGGUCGAACGGAAUCUGUACCAAGGGAACACCGUCUAUAAGGUCCACACCGACACAGGGCUCGUUGGGAUCGGCGACGCUGAAGGACAGCCCAACGAGGAACUUCAGCAGUAUGUCGGCAGGGAUCCGUUUGAAUUCAUGAAUGGGCUGGCACCGACACCAGUUCAACAGGCAGCCUACGACAUCAUGGGAAAGGCGCUCGGCGUGCCAGUCCAUCAGCUAGUGGGCGAAAAGGUUCAGGAUAAGGUGGCGAUUGGAUACUGGUCAAUCGAUAUGCCGGCUGCGGAGUGGGCAGAGGAAGCCAAGCGCGCCUAUUCGCUCGGAUAUCGGCUCCACAAAAUCAAAGCGCGUCCAUGGCAUGAUAUCGUCGAGCAAGGGCAAGCAAUCUCUGAAGCUGUUCCGUCCGAUUACAAGUUGCGAGUUGAUCCCAACGACUCAUUUGAGACACCGGCGAAAUCUAUUGAGGUUGCGAAACAACUCCGGGAUUACAAUAUCGAAGCGUUUGAAACACCGAUUCCCCAAAGCAAUAUUGACGGAUACUUGGAGAUUCGACGCGGUUGUGAUAUGCCGAUCACAAUACACUUUGGCAAUCCCGACCCCGUCGAAGCAAUCAAGGCGGGUAUGAACGAUUCGUUCAUCAUUGCGUACCCGGAUUCGCGGGCUGCCAACGCCAAGCGUGAAGCGGCGAUUUCUGAAUCUGCACAUUUGCCGCUCUGGAUUCAGAUUGUCGGGAUGGGAAUAACGACCACUUAUCUAAUCCACCUCGCUGCCACAAUGCCUAACGCUACCAUGUCAUCAAUUACGCUUAAUUGCCUGCGAGCGUUUGACCUCGUCAAGCCAGCAGUCCAGAUGGAGAACGGUUACGCAACCGUACCCGAUACGCCGGGAUUAGGGAUUGAACUCGAUGAGGACGUGCUGGACAACUGUCGGGUGUGA